UAAAGCAACUCUUGAAAACAAUAGAAGGCGGUCACAUGUUUCAUCUGGUGCACCAGAAAGAGCACAUUACCAGAACACAGUUACAAAGAAUGCACAAUGGCUUAAACUUCGGCAACACAGAAGGUUAGGAGAGUUACUACCACAGUGUCAGCAAGGAAUGCAUAAAAUACCGAAGAUACAAAGUGUGAGAUUUGAUAAGGCCAAUAGUAAUACUUUCGCAACGAUACAGUUAACCAGAACAAAGACCCAUAAAACAACAGAACGUCCG